AUGGUUGGUGAUAUCAAUCAGAACUUAAAGUAUUCUUUAGCAUCCAGCUUUGCAGACGACACACAAAUUCUGAAAGAGAAUAAUGGCCUCAUGGACACCUUUAAACUCCAAAGUGAUCUAAAUAUAAUUUAUAAGUGGACAAAUAAAAAUAAUAUGAAACUCAAUGGGUGUAAGUUUGAGCACCUAAGUUAUGGAAAGAUUGAGUCUUUGAAACCACUCCCUGUAUAUCUAAGUAACACGUCAGAAAAGAUUAACAAAAAAACCACUGUGAAGGACUUAGGAGUUAUAAUGUCAAAUGAUUGCAAAUUUAAUAAGCAUAUCUCAAACCUUAUAUCAAAGGCAAACAGGAUAACUGGAUGGAUAUUACGAACAUUUGAGAGCAGAGAAAAAAACCUGAUGUUGACUCUUUGGAAAUCAUUAGUUAUUCCCCACCUUGACUAUUGUUCCCAAUUAUGGUCUCCACUAAUGAAAGGACAAAUACAAGACAUAGAAAUGGUGCGAAGAACCUUUACUAGAAAAAUCCUUGGAACUCAAGGUUUUUCGUACUGGGACGUGCUAAAAAAAUCAGUAUUUGAAUCUGUAUUCUCUGGAGAGAAGAAGAGAACGGAAACUGUAAAAGGAGGCAUCACAUGGUACACGAAUGAUCGUUUGGGUCCAAAAUGUGUUGUUCCUGUAGUGAAGAAAGGGCUAUUUUAUAAGAUUCGUUGUGCUAGCUUGGCUGUUCAAGGAGUACAAUUGUUUAAUGGUCUACCAAAAGCAAUACGCAACCUAUCUGAUUGCAGCAUAAACUGUUUCAAGUCGAAGUUGGAUUGCUUUCUUGAUAUUGUUCCUGAUGAGCCAGUGAUAUCAAAUUAUGUUCAGUUUUGA